UGGAACAAUUUAUGACUUGUACAUAAAGUGAAAAAAAAAAUAUGAUUGAACCCGUCGUGCGUCAGGACCCUGCGGGCAUCAAGCGACGCAGGCAAGCAGGAGCGUGACGACGACAGCGUGCUAACGUGCUAAGCUAACUGCUUAGCCCUGCCAGAACUGUCGCGGAGCUAUUUGCGCGCCGGUGGACGUUUUCAUUACCCCGGACUAAGUAUUCCAUUCCUCUCCCUCCCUCCCCCACCUCCCCUUGUGCGUUAACCACCAAGUUUGCUGAACAAUGCCGAGCAAAAAGAAGAAAUACAACGCGAGAUUUCCACCGGCAAGGAUUAAAAAGAUUAUGCAGACGGAUGAAGAAAUCGGCAAAGUGGCAGCAGCAGUACCUGUUAUUAUUUCAAGAGCCCUGGAGCUUUUCUUGGAGUCGUUGCUCACCAAGGCCUGUCACGUCACCCAGUCCAAGAACGCAAAGACCAUGACGACGUCACACUUAAAGCAGUGCAUCGAGCUGGAGCAGCAGUUUGACUUCUUGAAAGACUUGGUGGCGACCGUGCCGGACAUGCAGGGCGAGGGGGACGAGAACCACACCGAGGCGGCGGGUGAAAAGGUGCCCCGUAGGGGUCGGAAGCCGGGGUCGGCUCACAAAAAUGGAGGAGCUGGCUCUAAAGGCAAGGACAAGAAGUUGUCCGGUACCGAGUCGGAGCAAGAGGACGACUCUGAAGACAGCGAGACAGAUGGGGACGAAGAGGACGGCUCUCAAUCAAGCACAAAUCUGCAGGCUGUAUCCAGGUUCCACAGCGCCGGCGCGCCCCCGAAGUACACGCACCCGGCCAACGCGGUCUCGGGGGACGGCUCGUCCCCGGCGCAGCCCCGGGGCGCCGUGACCUUCGCCCCGCACCCCUCCUUGAUGAGCGCCGCGCCGCCCCCGCCGCCGGCCGCGCUCCAACAAAACGAGGACUACGACGAGGAAGACUAUGACUCAUAGCUCCCCUUUUUUUUUCCUCGCCAUCCGCACGCAGCUUUUUAGUUGAAGUUGCUCCCACGGCGGUCGCUCGGAGCAAAAGACUCUUCAUCGGCGAGAGGCCGCUGGAGGGGGGAGAAAAAAAAAAAAAGCCGGUUGUAUAUUGCGUUUUAAUUUUCUUCUCUUUUAAACUACAGCUUUUAUUUCAUUGUAGACGAGAAUCCAACCUGGAUAUUUUUAAGGAGCUCAGUUUUGAUUAUUAUUCAGAAAUGUCCUUUUUUUUUUUCCUAUGUUUUGUUUUUUGCUUACAGAUGGGAUCGGUUUGGUCUGUCACUCUCUGGCUUCUCUCUUUCAUUUUCUUUUUCUUUUUUUUUUUGCUCUUUUUAAUUCAUAUAUUUACUCCCAACCCCCCAAAACAAUAAAAAAAAAAAUGACCUUGACCACAAUGCACACAACACCUUGAAGACCCCCCCCCUUUAUUUUUUUGUUUAAUAAAAUUGUCUCCUGAAUGCCCA